UCCGUUGCCCAUGACACCGGAGCGAAGUUCUGACAGCUGAUUCUCCAAUCAGUUUAUAUCCACUCGGAGCUCCCAAAUAAUUACUUUUGAGGUUAUUUACAGUCGGACGUGCCUCCCAUAAGCUCCGGUCGGAGUCGCAGACCGCGCCUUGAACAGAGGAGGGCGGCUGAUUAUGGUUGUAGCACGGAGCGCUAGCUCUGAGACAGCAGUCCCUGCAGCUGUUUGACUAACAUCCAGGUAGCCAGUGUCAGUGAGCAGUACCAGGGUGCAGUGACUGACAGCUGAGGCAGACUUUUGAGCAGCAGUGCAGUGCAGAGCAGUGCAGCGUGGGGCAGACCGCAGCAGAUCACAGCAGCGUAGCCAUGCUUACGUUGGCCAGUAAGCUGAAGAGGGAUGAUGGAGGGAAGACGGGCCGUGCCUCCGGAACCUCCGACUCCACCCAUAGAGUCUCCAUCAGGGACCGCCUCCUUACCAAAGAAGUUGCAGAACUUGAAGCCAAUCUCCCUAGUACAUGCAAAGCCAAUUUCCCAGAUGAGGACAAGCUGCAUCAUUUUCAGCUGGCAGUGUCUCCUGACGAGGGUUACUACCAAAGUGGAAAGUUUCAGUUUGAAAUAGAUGUCCCCGAAGCCUAUAACAUGGUGCCUCCUAAAGUGAGAUGUCUGACCAGAAUAUGGCAUCCGAACAUCACAGAGAAUGGAGAGAUCUGCUUGAGCUUAUUGCGGGAACACUCUAUUGAUGGCACUGGCUGGGCCCCCACUAGAACAUUAAAGGACGUUGUCUGGGGAUUGAAUUCCUUGUUUACGGACCUGUUGAACUUUGAUGACCCUUUGAACAUCGAUGCAGCAGAACAUCAUCUGAGAGACAAGGAGGAUUUCCGGAAUAAAGUUCAAGAUUACAUCAAGCACUACGCCAGAUGAUAGAAGCAUCAGCUACCUGCAUCAGCCUGCACCAACCAACCAAACUGCUCUACCUUGCUACCUUGCCUCUGCUUAACUUGGCCAACAACCCCCCCCAUCACAUGUGUGAAUCAACAGCUGACUCUCGGACUCUUACCACUGUCCUCCACAGCCCCAUCCAUGCUCUGCUGUUCACCCAAUUGCAAUAAACUACACAUUGCAGGAACAAAAAAAAAAAAAAAAAAAAAACGCGUUUGAGGAAAGACUUGCAUACAAAAGAAAAAUCUGCUUUAAUUAUGCUAAAUUGUUUGAGUGUUACGAUGACCACAAUGUCUGUUCAUUGUGACAAGGUCACUGAAUGACGCAGCCUCCCUCGAGGUGUCCCUGAGUGUGUCGGAAAAUGAGCCGUGGCAACAACUAGUGAAGUUGAUGUGAUGACUCACAAAAAAUUGAAAGGAAGUUACGUUCAGCUGUUAAAAAAAAAUUCAAGUGGAAGAAUAUCUGUUGCUAUCAGUUCUCUGUUCCAGUGCCUGCUAUGUUUGUGUCGCUAAAGAGAAAAUGCAUGUGAGUUCACAAACAUACACACACACACACACACACACACACACACACAUUGUGUCACAUACUGUUACAUCUUGUAGUAAAAGAUAAACUCAUACAUACUAUACAUGUCUAUUAUUCACACGCACUCAAGUUGGAAAGCCCCCAGCCCUACUAGACAGCAUGUGAAUGACCACAUUGUCCCUCUGUCAUUCUCCCUGCAUUUACACACACACACACACACACUACUCACAUCCAGACUUCUCUUGCGUGUUCAGCUCCAGUGGGACAAAGUACGACUACUAAAACUGCAGCCAAAUGUAUUGUACUGUUCACCGUCACCUCUCCUCUGUGCUUCUCCUUCGUCCCUGUCCUUUUCUGUCUUUGUUCCAUCAUUCUCUCUCAUUUAUCUCUCUCACACACACACACACACACACACACACACACACACACACACACACACACACACAAGAUGUACCUUUUUUCAUCAAAGAUAAAGAGGUUCCUUCAUACUUCAGUGCAAUCAGAAAGUACUGUGACAGUGAAACAUUUUUGUUGUGUGCUAGCUUUCUGUACUUCACAGUGAAAUGAAACAACGAGUUUAAAGGAUCCAGAUUAAAUUUCAUUACAAAAAAAAACAAGUGUAGGAAUUGUAGCGCUUAGUGAUGAUGAAACUACAGAAAAUUGUUACUAGUGUCUGCAGCUCCCCUGAGCUAUUCAUAGAGCUUUUCAGUGAGUUUAUACAUGGAUGUAAACACCUUAAAACACCCUUAAAGCCCAAAGAUACAUUACAUUAUUGUUUCAUAUCAUUGUUAGUACGGAAAAAAUAGCCCCAAUUCACUGCACCGAGACUUCAUGACUGCAUACAAGCACUCUCACUGUGGAAGAUUUCCCAAGCUAACAUGAAGGGUGUGUCUUUCUUAAAGGACAGAGCUCCAUUCUGUCUUUGUCUUUGUGUCUGUAUGGACUGUAUGUUUUCAUUGUCUGAAUGCGUUUGGAUAAAGGCAGUUAGAUAUCAAGCUAGCAAGUGAUCUUACUAGCUAGCUAGCUAAUGAGUGAGAGGUUUCUACUCGGAGCAAAGGACUCUCAUUUAAUCUGAGCACUGGAGGUGUUGCCCUUCUUGCUCUCAGGAUUGUAGACUGUAUAAAAAGAUGGACAGCAUAUUUGUACUUACUCCCACUGUACAAAACUGAAGCCAAAACAUCCUGGAUAUGACCGCUGCCGAAGUCAAUUGAAGCAAGAGUCUGUGCCAUGGAUGUAUUAAGAGACCUGGAUACAGCGUUGGGGACGAGGUCCAGUUCAUUCUUAUGAUAGCUGCUCAGCAUGAAGCCAAUAAAGCUGUUUGUCUGUGCCAGAUGGCUGCAUCAUUGGGCCCAUAGAACAAGGGCACUACAGACUUUUGCCUGCUGAGCCAUCAACCUUUGGUUUAGUGCUUCACUAACUUGAAAGGGGAUAAAAUACCAGUUCAAAUUUUAUCUGACCAAAUGGAUCAAAUCCCAAUGAUGAAAUGAGGAGGUUGUGACACUCAAGAAAAUGUACCCACCUAUCUUUUACCCAUUGUCAUUGGGAGAAAGUCUUUUUGGACCCAAUGGCGUCAUGUGUGAAUCUCGAGAGUUGUAAUUAGACUGUUGGGCCACUACAAAAGUUAGUUUGUGAAGUCUGAGACACUUCUUUGGGGCCUUUUCUGCGCAGUGCUGAUCUCUGAAAUACAGAGAUUCUGCCCAUACACCCAUCCGACCAAUCACGAGCAGCGUUUUUGAUCUCGAGCACACCAAUUGGCACACACAAGUGUCAAUCAUGAUGAAAAAUCACAUCAAACAAGUAAUUAAAUCCAAACUGAUAAGAAAAAUUAACACCUGAACAUAAAGUAGCAUGAUAAAAACUACCUAAAAUGACAGAAAUCAUCUUUGGGAAAAAUAUUUAUGAUUUACACUUUCAGUAUUUAGUUUUGGCCUAUGUCCCAUCUGCCACAUGGAGAGGGUGGGGUUUAUGACCUGUACUGCAGCCAGCCACCAGGGUGCGAUAGAGAUGGUUUGGUUUCACUUUUGAGAGCUGUCUUGUUGUCCAUAUUUAUAUACAGUUUAUGAUCUGGACAAAUUUGGAAGACAAGUUGCUCAUACUUGCUGCCAUGCCUACCAAUGAAUUAGCUUGCUGCAAUGCUCGCUAGCUCACUUGUUAGCUAAUUAGCUUGAUGGUGAUGUAAUGGAGGUGCUGCUAUUCCACUGCCAGUGUGGAUUUUGGCGUUUUCAUUUUGUGAGUGAAAAAGAGGCUGUUACUCAGUUAGCCAGUGAGGGUGUGGUCUGCAUCUGUGUGUGUGUGUGUGUGUGUGUGUAUGUGUGUUUUGCUUGGUCCUGGCUAGCAAUGUGCCUCCAGAUUAAGUCAUAUCUCUGAGCAUCAACUCACUCCAUUCAGCUUUGUGUUCACACGUCUGCAUGAGGCAAAGUCUAUGUAAUCUGCCGGUGGUGCAUUUACUAAGGAUGUCAAAAAUGGAGUUGCUGAAGAGUGAAAUUUUAUGUCAGAGGUGUGUGUGUGUGUGUGUGUGUGUGUGUGUGCGCGCGUGUAAAGAUUGAAAUUAUGUGCUUGCUGAGCGCGUGUGUGUGGGCGCAUGUGUGUGUGGGCAGUUUAAAGUAUGAUGUGUUGAAAUGAUUUGACUUGUUAGCAUGCUCUGGUUCCCCUGCUCCUCAUUUCUUUUUGUUUUUCUGGCCCAGGGUACAACAGCUCAAAUAAUCAUUGAUUUCUAAGCGAAAGUACACAGAACAACAGAUGACACUGGCUUCUGCUGAAAUAAAGGCCCUGAGAAUAUGACAAUUACCAGGUCCAUUGAAGGUAAAUGUGAAUGUGGGCGCUCCAUGGUGUUUUCCAGCAUGGCGUUGGUCCACUCAAACCGUGACGGCUGAUGCAACUGCCUGUUAAUAUGAAGCCAUCCUGUGUAAUCACUAUGACGGUUAAUUGUCAUGGUAGUAGUUGCCUCCAGGAUAUGGCAGCCCAAUACGCUGUAUUUAAGCUAGCCUUACUAAUACUCGGACUUGUCAUAUGUCCUUUAGUUUGGCAGUUAGCAGUGUAUUUUUUUUUUCCCAGGAUGCUAUUGGGAAAUGUCUCUGCUUGGGCUAACUCCAUCUUUGGGCCAGGGGAGAAGAUUAACAAUCUGUUCUUCUUCAACUCCUCAACCUUUUCUUUCUCAGAUUGUAUAUCCAUUUUUUAAGAUAUAUUAAAGAGAAUAUAAAUGAAA